AUGCUGGAAAAGCGAAUCAAAGCCUUCGGACUGGAUGGCAGACUGGGGAAUUACCCGGCAAAGGCGACUAUCCGGACCAGAGAGGGGACGACCCCCAUCGCCAAGCCCAUGCGAGGAGCGUCCCCGGCGAAGAAGGAGGUUAUGGACCAACAAAUAAACACCUGGUUCGCACAGGGCGUUAUCGAGCCCUCCGCCAGCCCCUGGAGCGCUCCGGUGGUGAUCGCGUACCGCAACGGUAAGGCGCGCUUU